UACUCUUCAACACCAAUUAUCCCAACAACUACCACUACUACCGGAUCUCCAAUCCCCACUAAACAAUCAGAGCAACCAAGACCUAUUCUUAUCCAAACUCCUAAUACUCAACAACAACAACCUCAACAAUUAACGCAGCAAUAA